AUGGAAAGUGGCAACCGGAGGAAGCUGACGCUGUUUGAGCAGAUGAUGGCGGUCAAUAACGGCCGGGAUACUCUGGCCGGUUUGACUCUUGAAGCCAUUUUGGGAAACGCUAAGCGGCCUGAACAACCGUCGGCACAGAACCGUACGCUUAUUGAGAUCAUACGAGACGAUGAGUCUAACAGGGAAAAGAAGAGUUGGAAAACGUUACGGGACAAGCUCCGGCUCAAGCGACUAGUCUCUUCCUGGACCUCCUCGGUCCAUAUCCCGGCUUCUGAUGCCAUUGUUGAUGGUAAUAAUAGAUCCCAGUUCUCGCGGUACGGUUCCUUUCGUUCUCACUCUGCUGAACCGGCUCGUGUUGGGAACGGAGGUCAAAGCGCCGCGCGAAGCGAUUCGGGUCGGGUUCUGAACGAUGUCGACUUGCGGAGUAAUGCUCCACCGUCGAGAAGCUUUAGGACAUGUACCGCGGGAAACGGCGCUGGGAGCAGCGAAGAUGACGACUCUCCUAUGGCGCGUAAUGAGACGCGCCAACUUGGAACGGUGUUAGCGCUGGAUAGGGCAUUAUCUGAGAGAGAAGCAGCAGCGGAGGAGCCGGUGAGGAUGUCAUUGAUGGACUUUUUGGAAGAAACAGAACUGAGUGGACCGAGACGCACGACGGUAAACGCCGGCGACGACGAAGAAUACGAGGUGAAAGACACGGCGGAAGCGAGCGGUGGGAUGCAGCACACGUGUUGCGUGUGCAUGGUUAGGCAUAAAGGUGCGGCGUUUAUUCCAUGCGGCCACACGUUUUGUCGGGUUUGUUCGAGGGAGCUUUGGGUUCAGAGAGGGAACUGCCCGCUCUGCAAUGGCAUAAUCCUGGAAAUUCUUGACAUCAUUUAA